UAAUAAAGUAAACAACAAAAUGGUUACCCGGGCGUGCGUCUACAAAGAUUGCGAUUUCUACCAAUCUGCAAAUUGCCAAAAAGUUCGUCCCCUGUUUUCAUGCUCAAAGAACCCUGAGCGAGCACGAAUCUGGCGCGAAAAUGGCAGGGUGCACCCGAAGAUCCCGCCUCAGCAAUUGUUAAUGUGCUCCAAGCACUUCGAUCCGUCCUUCAUCUCAAUGACCAAGAAUAGGGCGCUGCUUGUUGGUGAGGCCGUUCCGUAUCCGUACAAGGAACCAGAAACGGUCACUACCUUAGACCAGGUCCUCCAGUUUGAGGCAGAGGAUUUCGAUCAGGUCGCCUCGACUUCGACCGCACAGGAAAACUACUACAUUAGUCUCAACGACGAUGAGCAGAGCAUCAUUACUGUAGAGUCCACCACGAAGAGCAAGGAUAAGAAAGACAUCUGCCUGGAAUCAUCAUCUCCCAAGCGCUCAAAAAAAUCACCAACUGUUCCCGCGGUUAAAGAAACACCAUCAGAUUCUAAAGAAAAAGUUUCUAAUGAUGAUGGGAUCGAUACUUCUGAAGUCUCACUUUUUAAUUUUAAGGGAGAGCAGUAUGUACAAAUGUCGCUGGAAUAUUAUCUCAAAGAAAAACGCGAAUUGGCAGAUCAAUUGAAAGUUUACAAAGAAAUCUUAAGGAGUAUUAAGAAACAAAUAUCGCCCCUGGAUGUGUAACUAAUGAUUUUGCAAAAUUUUAUACUUAUUUUCAAAUAUUUUUUA